AUGAUGAUGAUGAUGCCGGAACACAUGGGCGGCGCCCGAACUAAGCCUCCAAGGCAGCACAAGCCGCCGACGGCUCAGCGAGGAAGCGUGGCCAGCAGCAGCAGCAUGUACCACGGGGCGCCUCGAGACCGCGGGGACAAGAAGCGUCAACGCCUUACACCCCCGCCCAACGAAGUGUGGAUGGAGGCCAUCAUGAGCAAGGGUAAGACGCCAGAUGGAUACAUUCCUGCCUCGGCCGUCACGGCCAGUGGGGUGGCCACGUCUUCGGCUGCAGGUUGGCAAGGGAGAGCGAGAGCGCCGUCCGACUACCCUCAAGCGUCGGGUCCUCAGGGACCUGUGCAGUAUCCGCACUACUCAACUGCCCCUAGCUACCAGGGAAGACUGGUAGAACGUCGUCCCUCGUAUCAAGGGAGAGCGCCGGAGACUUACCAAGGGAGACCUAUGGAUCCAGGAUAUCAAGCGAGAAUGGUGGACGGAGCAGCGACAUAUCAAGGGAGAACAGUGGACGGACCUAAUGGCUAUCAAGGUAGAGCGACGCCUGGUCCUGUCUAUCAAGGUAGAGCGAUGGAGAACUCUGCGGGGUAUCAGAGUAGACCAAUGGAUGCAGGAUAUCAGGGAAGGAUGGAGCCGCCGCCAGGUUACCAGGAGAGACCAUCGGAUGGACCAGUGGUGUACCAGGGGAGACUUGUCCAGGGCUCUCCAGCUUAUCAGGGACGCGUAGCGGAUGGAUCUGCAGGAGGGAAGUCGUAUCAAGGCAGGAUGGUCGAGACGUCGUCGUCUUCUGGCAAGAUGGCGGAGGACUACAAGAGGGAGAGGAAGUUGCCUCCGAGAGUAGAGGAAAUGUUAAGAGAGCAGGUAAAUCUGGACGAGUCGGUGCUGCAUGACGCGUAUGCUGUGGCGAUGGAGGACUUGAUCCCGGAAGAAGAAGCCAAUUUUGUGGCUAAAGGACUGUGUCACUUGUGCGGAGCGAGUGACAGCCAGUUUAUGCCAGUAGUGAAUUUCUGUCCACAUGGAGAUGAGCAGCACUCGCUGUGUCGGGAACAUUUGCGCAGCGUGUAUAGAGUGCGACUGGAAGCGCUGUUUGUGGGCAGGAACGGCUCGGCGCCGAAUCGUCGACUACUCCGCUGCUUGAUCUGUACGCGCGGAUGUCCGUGCACAAGGUGUACGGCGGAGAAAGGGGUGGAGGUGCAGAAAUACAAACGCUAUCUUAUGGAUACGCUACGUCGUAGUGGACAAGGGGCAUUAAUGGCGCCCAAGGACGACCGUGUUACUGCCGUUGCUGCUGCGAAAGCUGCAUUGUCUGCCCCGGCCUCGGACGGUCGAUUGACGUACGGGAGUGCUCCAAGUACGAGCUCUAGCGAUGGUCGUCGAUACGCUCAGUAUCCACCCACACCUCCAGCAGAAGCCCGUCCUCCUAUGCAGCGAGACGGACUACCAGCUCGCAGUGUGGAGGCAGGAAAAGCGUACGACGUACGCAGACAGAUGCAGCUCAAGCAGGCCGAGAGUGACAAGGAACAGACGUCUCGAGACGGAUAUUCCCCCAGUAUGCAGGCACAACCAAAGUCCCCGUCUCCUGUUCCGAAACGUGCAGCCAAGGAUACGUCGUCUGGUAUGCUCGCCGUGAUGGCGGAAUCCGCACAAGCUUCGGAUCCUCGCGUGGCAGCUCGAGUCGCGUCGCCAAAAGUUGCGCACGCGGAAUCGCCAUCAGCAGCGACUGUUUUGAAUUGUGCCGAGUCGGAGAAAUCGUUGGUGCAGCUGUUGAGCUCGCUAAAUCAAGGUGGGACCCCUGCGAGCUCAGCUGCGAUGGAUGCCAGUAGCCAGUCGAGCAAGGACAGCAGUCAACGUCCAAGUGAUGCUCGCUACACUCACACGAACGGAAUCGCAGCGAGAAGCGGAAGCAGCGGGAACACACAGAGUUCUGGCGAUACUGAGAUGGAGGCGUCUCCACGGACGUUCGCUGGACGUGGCAUUGCUGACCGUCGCCGCCCAGAUAAAAGUCCGUAUCAGGAUCAGUCUUCCACCAGCUCAGAUGAAUCCGACAGUCCGCGUCGUCCCACUGUUGGUGCGCGGCCGCUGGACCAGACGCCGACACGGAAGCGAAAGAUUAGUGACAGUACCGCCGAGGACAGUCCGGCACCGCGUGGCUCGGAGGAUAUAUCGUCACGUGAUGCUUCCAAGGUUGUACGCCGUAACGAUAGCGCUGCGAAAGAACAGAGUAAUGACAAGAAGCCCCAACACAAGGCCCAGGUUAGUCCGAAGCUCAGCGCGAAGAGUGGGGAGAAGGAGAUCACACAGAAGCCCGAAAGGAAGGAGAGCCAUACGACGACUCCGCCGCCUCAUCGUGGACCGGGUCGCCCUCGCAAACAUCCUCUUCCUGAGGGAGUUGCCCCGCCAGUGAGGAAGAAUGCACAAAAGCCGGCCCCUCCUGUGAAGAGGGGAAGAGGUCGACCCCCCAAGCGCCCGAAGCGAGUAAAACAGGAUGACGAAGAGACGGAGGACGAGUCGUUCCGUCAAGAAGACGAUGAGGGACAAGAAGACGACAGCGGAUCGGACAGCGAACUGGACGCGAACUUAGAUUUCUGCGAGGUUUGUCAGGGCGCUGGAGACCUCGUCUGCUGCGACAAAUGUCCGCGUUCCUACCACUUGAAGUGUCUGCACAUGACGGAGAAUGAUCUUCCAGAGGGCGACUGGCAGUGUGCGGAGUGCAAGAAACCGUCGCGGUUUGACGGAUACUCCACUGCGGUGGCUGCAGAGCAGAAUUUGCUGGACAGGUGUCUGAAGAUUGUGGCGUGUUUGAAGUCGCACCCGUUCUCGAAGCCGUUCCUGACACCUGUGGAGAAUGUGCCAAUGUACACGCGGGUGGUGAAGCAGCCCAUGGAUUUGUCGAAGAUCGAGAACAAGCUGAAGAAAGGCGCGUACGUCGUGGACAGCAACAUGGCGGCGUCGGGUGCCAAGAAGCUGGAUGUGACGCACUUCGCCAACGAUAUUCGACUGAUGUGGUCGAACUGCAAGCUGUUCAAUGACGACGGGUCUGGCAUCACACGAGCGGCAGAUAUCCUGUCGGCCGGCUUCGAGCGCCUGUAUAAAGAGUCUGUUGAGGCACCGUUGACUUCAUGA